AUGGCAGAAGAAACUCUAGCUUCAGCAGUCUCCGUCCCUCAAACCCAAGACCUAGAACCGCUCCCUAUAUCUCCAGAUGCAGGUCAAAAAAGACGCCAAUCUUCAGUCUCUGAAUACGGAGCCAAGCGGCGGCGCAUAAGUCAUGAAGGUGGUCGCUCACCGAACAACCACAACAAUAAUAACGACACUCGCCAAUCACCCUCGCCAACGACAAAGCCUACCGGAAGAAAAGUCGCCGCAGCAGCCGAAGAGCGCAAACGUGGGCAAAGACUGUUUGGUGGCCUACUAGGCGCAUUAUCUCAAUCAUCGGCAACGAGCGCUCAAAAACGGAGGGCGGAUAUAGAGCAGAGACAGCAGGCGAAACUCAAGUUGCAGGAUGAGCAGCAUAGUGAGACCAAAAGGCGGAAGAAGGAGGAGCUUGUGGAUGAGCGGAGGAGGCAGCAGAAGGAGUUGGAAAGGGCGUCGUUGACUUUAAGGCAUCGAAAUAUGCUACAAGCGGCUGCAUUUCUACGAACAAGGGUGGAACCUGUUUUGUUAUGGCGGCCUUUUGAGUUACGAGAGGAAGAUGAAGACAAAAUUUCCAGACAACGCCAAGAUGCUCAAGAAACAAUCUCCAAGGAAGAGUCCGAGUUCGAGGAACGCUGGCAUAAACGAGAGCAGGAAGAUGACAAUAUAGGACGCGAAAACGGGAAAGCUUCGGAGGAUUCAAAAGAGCCGUCCGAUAAACAAGCCGAUACCUCUCAAGAUAUCAACAAUGCUGCACACAGACAGUCGGAAGAUGAAAAUAAAGAAGCUGAAAACAGUGCACCAUCGCCGGAGAAGAACGACCAAAACACAGACGCCGCGCAUAAUCUGUCGCGCGAUGACGAAGGAGAGGAAGUCAUGGAAGAAGAUAAAGAGGACAUGCUACAUGGCUUCCCAGAUCUGGCCGUCGGAUGGCGAUAUCAGAUUCCCCAUCUGCUGAACCUUGGCUUCAGAAUCGUUGCUCCUGAUCAGCUUGGUUACGGACGAAGUGACGCUCCCGACGACUUUGAAGAAUACGCCUUCAAGAAAAUAGCUGCUGAUUUCGCGUUGCUUGCUCAGCAGCUUGGGGAAUCUCGCAUUGUGCUUUGUGGUCAUGACUGGGGCGCAGCACUAGCAUACAAAAUUUACCACCACCAACGCGCCUUAAUCUCACACAUCAUAACCGUCUGUGUCCCUUACUCUGCUCCACGUGCAAACUACAUUUCGCUCGAUGAGCUGGUAGCUAAAUUCCUGCCGAACUUUGGAUAUCAACUACAGUUCCAGUCCGGAGAAGUCGAAAAGGUCAUUCGCACCAGGGAUGAUGUGCAGCAGUUUCUGCUUAGUUUGUACGGUGGCAGAACCGCCAAGGGUGAAGUUGGAUGGACUGCAGAGAACGGAAUCAAGUUGAAUAAAGUGGGCAGUUUGCGGCCUUCGCCGUUGCUAAAGGGCGAGGACCUGGAAUUCUACACUACUGAAUACUCUCGCCACGGUGUCCAUGGACCCUUGAACUGGUACAGAUUAACCGAAGUCAACUUCAAUGAUGAACAACAAUACGCUUCAACACCCAAAAUCGAGGUACCCUUACUCUUCAUCCAGGCUCUGAGGGAUCUGGCUCUGCCGCCUGAAAGUAUGAGCAAGUCGAUGGGAAAGACGAUUCCGAAUUUGACGGUCGAGCAGCUGAAUACGUCGCAUUGGGCGUUGACGGAGGAUCCAAAGGGGGUCAAUGAAGCUAUUAGUCGUUUUCUUGGGAGAUACUUUCCCAUAAAGAGUAGUCUGUGA